AUGCCUCUCUCCUCGUUCCUCCCGUCCCGCAAGACGGUUUCCAAAACGGCAGGGUUCAUGGGUGGGAUGUACAUGGCCCACAUCUUCUUGCGGGAUCGACUCGAAGAGGCUAAAGAGAAAUUGGAGAGUGAGAGGUUGGCUAGGGAGAAUUUGAAACGCCGCUUCGCACAGACGACACACACGACGUCGUACACGAUCCUCGCGCUGCUCCCCGAACUGGCCGACCAGAUCCUAUCCGAGAUGGACGUCGAGAGUCUGACCAAGGAACUGCAGUCUCGUUCCGCCAAAUCGAAAGCUUUGCGAGCUACCGCCAAUGCCCUACCAGCUUCCAUCUCUCCUCCAGCUUCAGCUCCAGCCCCGGCACAACCACAACAAUCACAGGAACCCAAAUCGCCGAGUAUCGCGUCGAGUAUCGGGGUGGUUCGGGAGGACGAGGCGAGGAGUUUGGAGGACUCGGUUGUGUCGCUUGCGUCUACAAGGGAGGGGCAGGAGCAGAAGGGGUCGAGCUCGCCGUCGUUGAUGUCCGUGUCCAUCGAUAGCCUGGCUUCGUCAUCUGCUAUGUCGCCUGUCCCUCCUCCCGCACCCGUGGUGCAGUCUCAAGGUCUAAGCGAGAGUAUGACGUCGUCGCUCAUCUCGAGUGCUACGACUACGACUAAUACUUCGGAGGGCGAGAGCAAAGAGGAUAAAAGGAGUAAAGUCGAGUUGUGGAAUGAAGUAAAGAUACUCACUCUAACAAGGACGCUAACAACCCUCUACUCACUAACCCUCCUCACCCUGCUCACCUCCCUCCAACUCACCCUCCUCGCCCGCCAAAAAUAUCUUUCCGCACUCUACACCCAGCUCGCCGACGAAGAGAUGCGCGUGCGGUUGGAGGAGCAGUUUAGUAUUACCAACGUGCUGUGGGAGGGUUUGGGCGUGGAGGAUAAGAUUAGGAGUUUGGGUGAGAAGAUGGGGUUGGGUCCGGCUGUGGAUGCUGUGUUGAGCGAGAGGGGAGGGAUGUUUGACCGUGGUUCGGGGGAGAUGGAUUUGGAAAAGGCGAUAUCGGGAGAGGUGGAAGAUCGAGCGCGUGUUUCGGAGGAGACGGAGAACAAGUUUUUGACGCUUAGUUGGUGGUUGUUGCAUGUUGGGUGUAAGGAUGUGGGUGAGAGGGUGAGGAGGGGUGUGGAGGAGGUGUUUGAUGGCGUCUCCCUCAAAACUAAACUCUCCCAAAUGGAUUUGCAUCGACUCAUCCAAGAUGUGAGAAGGCGGGUUGAGUAUGAAGUUACGUUUGAAGGUGUUGAGAGGCGUGUUGACUUCCUCUCCUCGCUCCUCCCAUCGACGACCGAAACGAUUCACCACGCGCUUGUGCAGGGAGGAUUCACGCCACCUCCACAGGCUGUUCCUCAGCCGCCGUUCCAGUUGGAUCCGUACGCUCCUUCCGAUGCCCCGGCUGUCCCUGUCAAGGCCCAACAACACGCUGGUGACAACAGUAACAGCAACCCCGACGACCACGAUCACGAUGCAGACCCUCUAGCGAGUAGCACGCGCGCCAAUUCGAGGACGACUCGUCUGAGCGAUGCGACGUCUACUUCGUUGUCGUCUUCGCAGCUUUCGAAUUCGCAGUUUUUUACGAGUCAUCAUCAUGGGGGGAGAGGAGAGGGUCAUGGGUAUGAGGGGAGGAUUGAUCCUUUUGGGAAUUAUCCGAAUGGGCAUGGGGACGCGGAGAAUGAUAACCUGGAUAAUGAGGAUGAGAUUAGGAUUUUGGAUGCGCGGUCUGGGUCGUUGUCGCAGUCGCAGUCGCGUCUGCCUCACCCGUCACACGACCCCUCCAAACCUCUCCAACUCCAAAACACGAAUACGAUAGGCCCUCACCACCCAUCCAUCGCCGCCUCCCACUCGCACUACCCACCUACGAUGGACGCCCACUACGCGCACAAAUCAAGACCCACGAUCGACCCCUACCCACACAUCACCUCCGACCCCUCCUUCCUCUCUCUCAUCGCCGAGACGCGUCGUACGAUCCAAGGAGCGGAUUUUGGGAGGGUGUUGGAGGUUUGUUUGGAGAGGGGUGUGGAUGUGUUGUUUGAUGGGUUGGGGAGGAAUGUUUUUAGGGACGGGGUGGGUGCGGGGGUUGGGGUGGCUUCGGGGGUGGCUUCAGGGCCGAGUGGGAAGGAGCAGGAUGAAAAAGGGAAAGGGAAGGAGGUGGAGAAAGGGAAAGGGAAAGGGAAGGAGGUGGAGAAAGGGAAGGGCGAGGAACGGGAGGGGGAUACGAAAGGGAAGGGCAAGGAGGUGGAAGGGAUGGGAGACAGCGGGAUGGAAGAAGUACGGAUACGUCUUGCUGGUCUCCUUCCUGGUCUUGCGAGGUGGAGUCAGUUGGCGUUGAGAGGUGUUCCUAAUGAGUUUGUUGAUACGCUAUUGGCGACGUAUGAAGUCCCGGUUCUUUCGGCGAUUGUGUUUGGGAGGUUUGAGGAUGCUGUUGGAGAUGACUGA